AGUAACAUGCUUUUUAGUAAGACAGGUACUAUGGCCUUUGUUCCUGGAGCACCUGAAGAGAAUGACCUCCCUCCUUCCUUCCCUGGCGUCUUUCCUCCUCCUUGUGCUCCUCAUCAAGAAUUUCAAGGAAUUUCAUCGGUGUUAAUGAGGAGAGCCAUGUCAUUCGACCAUCAAGAUUCGCGAGCAGACGAUAUUGACAUGUCGGAUGACGAUGGCUCUUCACAAUUGCUUGGGGAGAAGAAGAGGAGGCUUAAUAUGGAACAAGUAAAAGCACUCGAGAGGAGUUUUGAGAUUGGCAACAAACUUGAACCUGAGAGGAAAAUGCAAUUGGCUAGAGCAUUAGGGUUGAAGCCAAGACAGAUUGCAAUUUGGUUUCAAAACAGAAGGGCUAGGUGUAAAACUAAGCAAUUAGAGAAAGAUUAUGAAAUAUUGAAAAGACAAUGUGAUAAACUUAAAUCUGAUAAUGAUGCACUCAAGACUCAAAACAAGCAACUUCACUCCGAGUUGCAGUUACUGACUCUGAGUAACAGAGAAUCAGCAGGAGGAGGCACAACUAUUUUGUUUAAUCUGAACAAAGAAAACGAAGGGUCAAAUUGGAAUAAUGGAAGUGGUGAUGAGAACAGUACAAUAAUAGAUGUAAACCUUGGAACUACAACAAGAACAUCAUCAACAAACAGCCCACAUAACAACAACAACAAUAACAACCACGAUCAUGUCUUCCCAACGUCAGCUAAUUAUAAAAUAGAAGAACAAACUCAUGUCCCUGAAGAAGGAUAUUGCAACUUGUUCAACAAUGUCGUCGAAGAUCAAACAAACUAUUGGCCAUUGCCAGUGCAGCAACAUUUUUACUGAACUUUUUAUUCAAAAUAAACAAUUUUUUUUUGUUGUUGGACUUAUUGCAAUUGUUCAUAAUUCAUUGUGUGUAGUGAAAUGCGCAUAUGUUGUCGUACCAGAAUUAUCACGAAA